AUGGUGCAAAAACGUGCAGUGUGGAAAACUGAAUCCAUUACGAAGCGUCAUCCAUCAAUGACGGAUGCGCUUACGUCAUUCAGAUCGACGCAGCCAAAGAAGGCCUCUUUUGCACGAGACCUUUUAUUAACGAAAUCCGCCCGAGCGGACGUGUACAGCCUGCACAUGUUACGGCCUAGAUGGGUUCUGCACCUGGAAGCAUGGUGCUGGCGCUUCCUAACAGAUAUUGGUUUCUUCUUCCACCGUCGCGCAUUGCCCCGCCCCAUAUCCCCAUCGUUUAACCGAAGAAUCAAAUCCACCUUGUCUCCCCUAGAGGGCUACAUCGACCUGGUCUUUUACACUCCCAAUGACUACCAUCUGCGAUUCAAUGGGUCGGACGAUGUUACAAGAUACCCUGUCCUAGUUAACUUCCAUGGUGGUGGCUUCACCAUUGGCCGCGCUACAGACGACAGUCGGUGGGCAACCACCGUGGUACAGAAUCUGAACUGUAUUGUCGUCAGCGUCGAUUAUCGCUGCGCGCCAGAGGCCCCUUUUCCGACCGCAGUGGAAGAUGGCGCAGAUGCAAUAUUGUGGCUCCUUCUCAAUGCCAAAGAGUUGAAACUGGAUCCGUCCAAGUUGGCUGUUAGCGGGUUUUCCGCCGGUGGGAAUCUGGCUUUCACAAGUCUCCUCCGCUUACAGGUCGAAUUGAUCCGUCGCAGAACUGACAUGCCAGAACUCUCCUCGAUCAUUAAAGGGAUCAUUGCAUGGUAUCCCAGCACAGAUUUCACUCGUCCACGUAUCGAGCGCCGCAAAACCAACAUCCGCCCGGACAAGGAACUGCCUGCUUUCUUCACUAGACUAUUUGACGCUAGCUACCUCUAUCCCCCGAAAACAGUAGACGUGAGUGACCCUUAUUUGUCUCCAGCUGCAGCCAGCGAUGUCAUUUUGCAUGAAGGGUUACCCGCUACCGUAGUUAUGUACACGUGCGAAUGGGAUGAGCUAAGGGACGAAGCAGAGAGAUUUAAAGAUCGACUUACGGCCCUGGGGAAAUACGUAAGAUACACAAUGAUCGAGGGAGUAGCGCAUGCCUGGGACAAAAACCCGUUUGGUGUGAAUGUCAUUCGAGAUCGCUAUUAUUCGGACGCGUGCGAUCAACUAAGAAGGCUCUUCCAUAGCACCUCAGACAUUUCUGAAUCAAAAGUGUAAUAAUCACAUGUAGAAUUGACUUGUGUGUAGAAUAUCUAUGCUGUGUUCUGAGGCCUUUCAUUUGGCCGUGAUGCUCAAUGACACACAUCUAAGGCAUUGGUGUACUAGAUGACCA